AUGAAAUUCUCCUUGACCUCGUCAUGGGUCGUAGCGGCUCUUUUUGCUACUUCUUCGUUCGCAGCAGUCCCUCUUUCUAGUAUCAACACCGCUGAUACCGGCCGCUAUGUUCCCAACGAAUACAUCGUUGAGAUGGCUAGCAUUUCAGGCUUGGCAGGAAAGCGCGCCUACACUGGCCGCACGCUCUACUACCACAUGCACAAGCGUGGUGUUCAAUUUGACGUGAAGACCGAGUAUGACACUCCCGACAUCCUCGUCGGUGCUUCUAUGAAGAUUGAGUCUCCCGAUGACAUUGCCAAGGUUGCGGGCAUUCCCGGUGUUCAGGCUAUUCGUCCUAUAAUCUUAAUUCCCGGUCCCAAGCCUAUCGAGUCGUUCUCUGUCAGCGACCCCAAUGACUCCAGGCUAUCCCCCUCACCUAUGAGCACCCACACCAUGACGGGAGUGGACAAGCUCCAUGCCCAAGGGAUCUUAGGAGAGGGCAUCAAGAUUGGAAUCAUUGAUUCUGGCAUUGAUUACAAGCAUCCCUCUCUUGGUGGUGGGUUCGGCGAAGGUUUCAAGGUUUCUGGCGGUUGGGAUUUCGUCGGAGAUCGCUUCACUGGCAGCAACACCCCCGUCCCGGACAAUGACCCCAUGGACUGCGGUGGCCACGGCACGCACGUAGCUGGCAUCAUUGCCGCCGACCCCGGCAACGAGUUCGGCGUCGUCGGCAAUGCCUACAAGGCUUCCAUCUCUGGAUAUCGUGUCUUUGGCUGCGGUGGUUCAACCACUGACGAAAUCAUUGCUCAGUCCCUUAUCCGUGGAUACAAUGAGGGCAUGGACAUUCUCACCUUGUCUCUGGGCGGUGUUGAUGGAUGGACUAUCGGUACCGGUUCCGUUGUGGCAAGCCGUAUCGCCGAGCAAGGCCGCGUUGUCACCAUCGCUGCUGGAAACGAUGGCAGCGAUGGCGCUUGGUACACCUCCAGCCCCGGUAACGGCAUCAGCGCAAUAUCUAUCGGCUCCGUUGAUAACAUCGUCGUGUCCGUUCAGAACGUCAACGUCAAGGGAGUCGAACACGCGCCCAUCGCUUACCUCCAAUUGCUCCCCUUGAACGUUACUGGCGAACUGCCUAUCUAUGUCACUAACAACGACACCACAGUCAAAGAUGACGCUUGCAACCCUCUACCUGCUACUACCCCCGAUCUCUCUGGCCACAUCGUUGUCAUCCACCGUGGCACCUGUACCUUCCAAAUCAAGGCUGACAACGCUGCUAAGUUUGGAGCCAAGAACUUCCUCAUUUACAACUCCGAUGAUGGCGAGCUCACUGGUGUCUCCAUCGAUGGCUACCAAGCAGCAAUGAUCUCCGCUGACGACGGCAAAUUCCUUGUUGGCCAAUUCGCGGCUGGUGUCGAAGUCAAGCUUGAAUUCCCUCAGAAUGGAAGCGCAGCCACUAUCGACUCACCCCAUGGUGGUCUCACUUCCGCUUUCUCUUCCUACGGCCCAACCUACGACAUGUUCUUCAAGCCCGCCGUCUCUGCCCCUGGAGGAAACAUCCUUUCCACGAUUCCCACUGCGCAAGGUAGCUGGGGCAUCAAAUCUGGCACAUCGAUGGCCACCCCCUUCGCUGCCGGUGCCGCUGCUCUUGUCCUCCAGGCCAGGGGUAAGGGCAAGGACGUCUCUCGUGAGAUGAGGGACCUUUUCCAGACCACUGCCAUCCCUGUCGCUUCGUCCAAGGAAGAAGGAAGCAUCGCUAACACCGUUUCCCAACAAGGUGCUGGUUUAGUCCAGGUCGACCGUGCAAGCCAAUACAAGACACUCGUAUCUCCCGGUCAACUCCUCCUCAAUGACACUGCCAACUUAGAUUCCCUCCACACCAUCACCAUCCGUAACACUGGCUCAGAGUCCGCUCUUUACCAAUUGAGCCAUGUCGCUGCUGGAACCGCCCAAUCCCUCAAAGCUGAUUCCAAAUGGGCAUCUCUUGGACCCGUCGAACUCGUCGACGCACCCGCUGGCGUCACUAUCAUUCCUUCCUCAGUCACAGUCUCUCCCGGUUCCUCUCGUCGUGUCAUCGUCCGAAUCACCCCUCCCCGCGGUGUCGAUGAAUCUCGUCUCCCCGUCUACUCCGGCUUCAUCAACAUCGCGUCCAAAACCGAAUCUCUCAGGGUCACCUACCUUGGAGCUGCCGGCUCUCUCAAGAAGAAGGCUAUCCUCGACAACACUGAUGCCUACUUUGAACAAAAAUUACCCUUGGUGCUGACACCUGGAGGAGAAGUUCAGAGCGAGCCUAAGUCGUAUACCAUGAAGGAUCUUGAUAGCCCAUCUCUCGUAUACCGCCUUACAUUCGGCUCUCCCGCCAUCAAGGUCGACCUUGUUCAGAAGGAUGCCAGCAUCAAGCCCACUCUCACCAAGCGUGGCUGGUUCUCCUGGUUGUUCGACUGGGGUAGCGAUGUCGAUGACCUCCCCAUCAUCGGUCCCCUCCAAGAGUUAGGAUACGUUCCCCGCAACUCUGAGGCCCCCGUAACUGAUAACGGCUUCAAUGUCUUCAACUUCAUCGGUGUCUUCGCCAACAAGACACGCAUCGAAGACGGUGAAUACCGCAUUCUCCUUCGUGCUCUCAAGGUUACUGGUAACCCCAAGAAGCUCGGAGACUACGAAAGCUGGCUCAGCCCAGUCAUCAGCAUCAACUCCACUUCGUCUUCAUAA